AUGAAGUUCUUCCUUCACCGCUGGGCUCAGACGUUUCCAGUGAUACUCUUGGAGACAACUCGUCUGAAACGAUGGACGAAUGAAUGCGAGCAAUAUUCUAUAACAAUCGCUAAUACAUUUGUCAUCGCCUUGUGCUUAUGCCGUUCAUUUGUCAACAAGCAGUCUCAAAAGAGUGUCCCAUGA